AAAAUUUUCUACGUGCAUGGCUACCACCAUUUUUGAAAAUCUUGUUUUAGCAUCUCACACACAAACCUCAAAAUUUUUAGCAAAUUCCAAAACAUAAAUUCAUGUCUACUCCACAAUUUUCUCAUCAACCCUUAUAGGGCUAGGUAACCACACAAUAAUGUCACAACCCCAUGAAAAAAUAAAAGAAAAAUUUAAAAUAAAAAAUAAAAAAUAAAAAUGCCAGGGGAGGAAUCUAAGAGAAAGCUCGCCGUCGCCGGCUUAACCUCCAUCCUCCUGGUGGCGGCGGUGAUCGCGGUGGCGGUCGGCUCCUCCAAGGACGGCAUCGACAUAUCCACCAGCGGCGGCGGCGACGCCGACGACGGCGGCACCGGCGGCGGCGGCGUCACCGCCACGAAAAAGGCCGUGCAGGCCAUCUGCUCCCCGACGGCGUACAAGGAGACGUGCGAGGAGAGCCUCGCCGACGCCAACACGACGGACACGAAGCAGCUCGUCGAGGCCGCUAUAAACGCGACCGUCGCCAACGUCGGCGAGGCUCUAAAGAACUCGACGCUGCUGCAGGAGGCGGCGAGGGAUCCGGCCACGAAGGAGGCGUUCAAAGUCUGCGAGGAUGUCCUCGACAGAGCCGCCGCCGACCUCCGGCGCACCGUCGGAAAAAUCGCCGAGUUCGACUUCGCGAAGACCGACGCGUUCGUCGCCGACCUCCGCACGUGGCUGAGCGCCGUCGUCACGAACCAGGAGACGUGCGUGGACGCCUUCGCGAACACGACGGGCGACACGGGGGAGAAGAUGAGGAAGGUUCUGGAAACGGCGACGGAGCUGGCGAGCAACGGCCUCGCGAUGGUGACGGAGCUAGCGACGGUUGUGAGCUCGUUCAACCUCGGCAGCCUCGGCGACCUCUUCGGCGGGAGCCGGCGGCUGCUGACGGGGGCGGAGGAGGACGGCGAUGCUAAUUUUGUGAGUCGGCGGCUGGCGCAGGAGAGCGUGGCGGCGGCGGCGCCGGAUAUUGUGGUGGCGCAGGACGGCAGCGGGCAGUUCAAGACGAUCGGCGAGGCCGUCGCGGCGGUGAAAAGCGGCGCCGGGAAUUCGACCGUGAUUUAUGUGAAGGCCGGCGUGUACAAUGAGUAUGUAUCGAUUCCGAAGGGGAAGAACAAGGUUGUGAUGAUCGGAGACGGGGCGGAGGCGACUAAAAUCACCGGCAAUAAGAGCAUUGCCGGCGGUGUUCCGACCUUCUACACCGCCACGGUUGACGUGAACUCAGAAGAUUUCAUGGCCAAGGACAUUGGUUUUGAAAAUACGGCCGGUCCCGACGGAUAUCAAGCCCUCGCCCUGCGUGUUUCUGGCGACCGGGCCAUCUUCUACAACGUUAAGGUCGAUGGCUAUCAAAAUAGUUUAUGUGCUGAUGUCUAUCGUCAGUUUUACCGUAACUGCACCAUCAUCGGCACCAUCGACUUUGUCUUUGGGGAUGCCCUCACCCUUUUCCAAAAUUGCACGUUCAUAGCCCGAAAGCCCGGCCCGAACCAAGAAUGCGUGGUCGUGGCACAAGGCCGCAACGACUCCAAUAGCAAUAGCGCCUUCAUAAUUCAAAACGGGCACAUAACGGCCGAAUCGACACUGCUCGAAUCCCAACCGCCGGUUCGAUCAUACCUCGGCCGUCCGUGGAAGCCUUACUCUCGGACCAUCAUCAUGCACACUGAAAUCGACAACUUCAUCGACCCCGCCGGUUGGUCGGGCUGGAUUGGCAAGGUCGGGCUCGACACGUGUUACUAUGGUGAGUACGAGAACACUGGACCCGGUUCGGAGAUGAAGAAUCGGGUUACGUGGCCGGGUAUCCGUAAAAUCACAUCAGAAAUAGCAAAGACCUGGACUGGAUCAGUAAUGUACGCUAGUGAUGCGUGGAUCACAAAAUCCGGAGUUCAAUAUGAUCCUAAUCUAAAGGAGGCAUGAAUUUCACUCUCUUUUAUUAUUCGAGACUCAUUUUUCACAUAUGUUGUUUAACCCUAUGAAGAAUUAUUAUUGAGAAAGUUGUCGAUGGUUGUGAACACUCAUGGACGAGUUCGAUAAAUUAAUUCACGCUAAUCAUGCCAAUUACAGUUUUUUGUUGGUCUUUAUUAA